UCGACAGGAAGCUAACAGGCUGUGUAGUCCAUGCGUCUCAGGUAGGGCAGCAUUCCACGUUUCUCAGCGGAUACGGCUCUUAAUUUCAUGGCAUGUAAGGUGAGGAGGACGACCGACAUCGCUGCCUCUAAGACGGACACAAACCAGAGCAACCAUGGCCGCCGAAAACGCCAGCGUGAUCUUCAAGGUGUACUGCCUGACAGUGAUGACCCUGGUAGCGGCUACAUACACGGUGGCGCUGCGGUACACAAGGACCACCUCCACAGGGGAAAUGUAUUUCUCCACCACAGCUGUUUUCCUCACCGAGGUCAUUAAGUUGAUCCUCAGUCUGGGGAUGCUCACAAAGGAAAUGGGAAGCUUUACCAGACUCAGAAACACGAUCAUGGACCAAGUCGUCUUCAGCCCCAAAGAGCUGCUGAAGCUGAGCGUGCCGUCGCUGGUGUACGCCGUUCAGAAUAACAUGGCCUUUGUUGCUUUGAGCAACCUCGACGCAGCAGUUUAUCAGGUGACCUAUCAGCUGAAGAUCCCGUGCACGGCGCUGUGCACCGUCUUCAUGCUGAACCGCUCGCUCAGCCGGCUGCAGUGGUUCUCUGUCUUCAUGCUCUGCGGAGGCGUCAUCCUCGUCCAGUGGAAGCCUGCAGAGGUCACCAAGGUUCAGAUUGAGCAGAAUCCGUUUAUUGGCUUCAUUGCUGUCGCUGUAGCCGUUCUCUGCUCUGGAUUUGCAGGCGUCUACUUUGAGAAAGUGUUGAAAAGCUCCGACACGUCUCUGUGGGUGAGAAACAUCCAGAUGUACCUGUCGGGCAUCGUGGUCACCAUCAUCGGCGUCUACAUGACCGACGGAGAACAGGUCCUGGAGAAAGGCUUCUUCUUCGGUUAUACUCCCUGGGUGUGCUUCGUAGUGUUCCUGGCCAGCGUGGGCGGUCUGUACACAUCGAUAGUGGUCAAGUACACAGACAACAUCAUGAAAGGCUUCUCCGCCGCGGCUGCCAUCGUCCUCUCCACGGUGGCGUCCGUCAUGCUGUUUGGACUGAAGAUAACGAUCACGUUCGCCUCCGGCGCGAUCCUGGUCUGCAUUUCCAUCUACCUGUACGGACUUCCAAAGCAGGACACGUCCCGGGUGGGCCGGCCGGACCCGGACAAGGAGGCCAAACAGAAACUGAUCACAGUGUGAGUCCAGGAGGAUCAUCUCCGGCUCGGGGUCCUGCCUCCCGGGACUUGGCGUGGGGAGGGGGCGAGUGACCGCGGUUCCCCCCCUCUAAAGACUCUGCCAUCAGUUUCGGCUGCGUGUUGUGUCUCGUCCGCCACACAGAUGACGUCUGUUUCAAGGUAAUGUAGGUCUGCUCCUACCUCCACCCGCAUGGGACUGGUGACAGUACUGUGAAUUUGAUGAAACGUUUGUUUUGACUCUUUUUUUUUUUUUGUAAGUGUCACAACAGGCUGCUUUUUUAAAAAAGUUUUUUUAAUAGUCUGAUACAAUCAAUGAAGUUUUGGACCCUCCCUUCGGCCAGAAGCCACAAACGUCGAUGGCAGUUUUACUCUGAAGCCUUUGUGUCUCCGAGGGUCGACAAAUAUCACUACUCACUUAUCAGACUAUUUUCUCCAAUCGAUAAUUAUUCUGCUUUAAUUGUGCAAUGCUGAGCGUUUUAGGUUGAGAUCUUAAUGUGCUAAAUGACCACAGACCGCAUCAGUGGUUUGGUUGAUAUCAUCUCUGGUGUCUUGUAGUUUUUUUUUGUUUGUUUUUUUUGUAUCACUUUUGUGUUGCCUUAUCUAUAAAAUAUCUGAAAGCCUUUGAUCGAACUGUAUGGAGCGAUGGAAUAAGGAGCCGUUUCCUGUUGCAGUAAUCCGCCGGCAGUCUCAAACCAUUGGUUUCAUUUUCAAAACUGUAUUUACAGUUCAGGUUAUCCACAGCGCCGAUCGGACUGUAAUCCGAGCGUCACAUUUUAUCCACCGGCGAGACGCCAAGGAUCCUCAUCCCGUUGGCCAGGACCGAGCGGGCGGCGCCGAACAGCCGCAGCCUCGCCUGUUAACGUACAAGCAAAAAGCAGACGGCGCUUUUUUUAAACUGCCAGCUGUGAUCUGUAAACAUUCACCUGCAGCCUGACCAAACAACAAGUCUGAUUUGAGUUGUCUGAGGCGUCUCUCCGGGAGAAAAAAAAAAAAAACAGAAAAAAUUGGUUCGGUUUCAACAAAUCGCAAGUGAACAGGAAACACAACGACAACAACACAUGAAGUAGCAGCAAAGUGGAAUCAAUAACUUUUUUGUGAAAAAUGUUUGCACUGAAUGUAAAAGGAGAUGGUAUAAAAAGACCAUAAUAAAAGCUGUCAAAUGUU